AUGAGCGUCCAGGUCAUUGCUCGCAUCCGACCUCUCCUGAAAACGGAACGGGAGUGCGAUGUUAUUGUCCAGCCAUGUCCGUCAAGUUCGUCGUCAGCCGUACCGAGCGGACACGAGGCUAUAUCUAAGAGCAAAGCGAACGAAAAGCCAUUGAAGGCAAAGAAAGGGAAGAGCGGGAAGGGAGAGGCUGCUGACCUAUCGGCUGCGCAAGCUACGGUGGUCAAGAUACCGAAUCCUAGGAACGAAGGGGAGGAUUUCAGCUUCAAGUUCCACUCGGUGUAUGAUGGCACUGCUACUCAGCAGGAGAUAUUUGAUGCAGAAGUGGCGCCUACACUUAAACAUCUUUUCAACGGGUUUGAUAUCACUCUCUUCGCAUACGGUGUUACAGGAACCGGGAAGACGCAUACGAUGCGAGGCGGGAAGAGUUUGGCGGACCGGGGUGUGAUUCCUCGACUGUUGAGCGGGAUCUAUAGACGAUGCCGCAAGUUGGAGCGAGACUCUGAGGGGCGAACGAAUGUCGAUGUCGCGAUGAGCUAUUAUGAGAUAUAUAAUGACAAGAUAUUCGAUCUCCUCGAGCCGGUGGAAAAGAGGACACCGUCUGGUUUGCCGUUGAGAGACAACGGGGUCAAAACCGUUGUUGUUGGCUUGACGGAGCGGCCUUGUACCAGCUUGAAGGACUUUGAAGUCAUAUACGACCACGCAAACCUGAAUCGGUCGACAUCUGCGACGAAGCUCAAUUCGCAUUCCUCGAGGUCCCAUGCGGUACUUUCCGUAAAACUGACGGUGACUACCGAGGAGCAGAUACGAGUUAGCACUGCAUCCUGUAUUGAUCUUGCAGGCUCUGAAGAUAACCGCCGUACUGAAAACGGCAAGGAGAGGAUGGUAGAAUCAGCGAGCAUCAACAGAAGCCUGUUCGUCCUGGCACAGUGCGUCGAAGCCAUCAACAAAAAGCAGGCGAGAGUGCCAUAUAGGGAGUCUAAGAUGACUAGAAUCCUGGGGUUAGGUCAGAAUAAUGGCCUUACCAUAAUGAUUCUGAACCUUGCUCCUGUUCGGUCGUUCCAUCUUGACACUCUAAGCUCACUCAACUUUGCAAAUCGGACAAAGAAGAUCGAGUCGCGGGAGAUCGAGAACGAGCCCAUGUUCAAGGGACCACCUCGGCCUGUAGCAGGCCGUCUCACUGGCCCUGGAGUGAAGAGACAGCCCUUGAGACCCCUUACCGCAUCUAUAAAUGCAAAUAUUGCAGCUGUGACGUCUGAGGCUCGCAACCCGUCAGACGGAAAGCCAGCCAAGGCCUUUGCGGUGUAUACUGACACAUCUCAUUCGAAGAAUACCACCAAGCCAGGGGCCUCUGAGGCCACCAAACGCAAGUCACCAUUGAAAAGAAGAUCCGGAAAUGGCCUUCAGCCAGCCUCUAGACCGUUCAAGAUGGCUCGAACAGAGGAGCGGCCACGACACGGUAUGAGCAGCAUGUCGGCUGCAAAGUUUGAAGAGCUGGUUGAGAAGAAAGUAAGAGAAGUGCUCUCAGCUCGCCAACCGGAUGAUUAUGAAACCCAGUCCAAGGAGUUGAACAAGCAAAUGCAACGUAGACUUGAACUCCUAGAACAGCGGAUUGACGAGACUGAGGACUCCAGGGCAGAUGGACUGUCGUAUCUCCUUAUGGCUAAACAGCAUCAAGCUCGGGGCGAAUAUUCAUCUGCGCUGAGAAUGUACCAACUUGCGCAGCCAUUCUUCCCGAAUAAUGCCAAGCUAGCCCUUAAGAUCGAGGCACUUCGAUGCAAGAAAGCAGCAGGAAAGAAGUCUACGACAGAGUCGUCAUCCUGCCCUGACCAGUUGGAAAGCCGUGCAGAGCAUGAAGAGGAGUCCUGCGAAGGGUAUUGUGAUGAAGUGUCUGCAACUGAUGCCUCCCGUCGGAAACCAGGACAGACCCAUUCCAAGGUUACUCUACCAGCUCCGGAGACACAGCCGAGCCAUGCAGAAAAAAGAGAAGAGGGGAUACUGUCACCUCGUUCUUCUCAUAUCUUGUCAGUGAUUAAUACACGAGAUAUUGAUCAGAUCAAACUGCUACGUGGAGUAGGAGUUAAGAAAGCGGAGGGCAUUGUCGACCGUCUAUGUGACAUGGACGAUAGAGCCAGGGACCACAUCCAGCUUCACAGCCUUGCUGAGCUCGAGAAGCUGAAGGGAGUAGGAGUGAAGACUGUGGAAAAUAUGAGAAACGGAGUUGUCAUUGCUUGA